AUGUCAGAAUUGCCAGUUAACCCUAUUGUUAUUGUAGGUGGUGGAUUGGCUGGAUUAUCAGCAGCACAUCAAGCCUAUUUGCGUGGAGCGAACGUUGUUUUGUUAGACAAGCAAGGAUUCUUAUCGGGUAACAGCGGUAAAGCAACUUCGGGUAUUAAUGGUGCUUUGACCAGAACGCAAACCAAGUUGCAAAUUGACGAUUCAGUUGACAAGUUUUAUGAAGAUACUUUGAAAACGGCAAAGGAUAGAGCCAACCCCGCUUUGAUCAAAGUCUUGACUUAUAAUUCAGCCGAUGCUGUCCAUUGGUUACAAGAGGUGUUUGGAUUGGAUUUGACAGUGGUGCUGAGAUUAGGUGGUCACUCUCAACCCCGUACGCAUCGUGGCCAUGAUUCCAAGUUCCCGGGAAUGGCCAUCACUUAUAGGUUGUUGGAAACGUUGGAGAAAUUGAGUGAAGAUGAGCCGGAUCGGGUUGCUAUAUUGAAGCACUGUCAAGUCAUUGACUUGAUCAAGGAAGGCGAGGGUAGGGUUGUUGGUGUAAAAUAUAAAAACUUGCAAGAUAAGUCCAAAUCAGAAGUUUACGGACCUGUAAUUAUGUCCACUGGUGGGUAUGCUGCCGAUUUCACAAAGAACAGUUUAUUGCGUAAAUACCGUCCUGAUAUCAUUGAUUUACCUUCGACAAAUGGUGUGCAUGCUACUGGAGACGGCCAAAAGAUUAUUAUGAAGAAUCACGGUGUUGGUAUUGAUAUGGACAAAGUUCAAGUUCAUCCUACUGGAUUGAUUGAUUAUAACGAUAAGGACGUUAUUGCAGGUAAGACACAACCUCGGUUCUUGUUUCUUGGUGCUGAGGCAUUGCGCGGGGAAGGAGGUAUCAUGUUGAAUGGUAAAGGGGAUCGAUUUGUUGAUGAAUUGGGUACCAGAGAUUGGGUAUCUGGUGAAAUGGAGAAGCAAAACAAAGCUGGUAACGGACCAAUUAGAUUGGUUUUGAGUGAAGAGUCAGAAAAGAAGUUGGCGUUUCAUAUUAAGCACUACACUCAAAGAAACUUGAUGAGAACAGUUACUGGGAAACAAUUGUGUGAAGAGAUUGGUUGUAGUGAGGAACAUUUGAAACAACAAUUGGACACUUAUAACAAAGCAGCCAAAGGUGAAAUCAAGGAUCCCUAUGGCAAAAAGUUUUUCCCUACUACUCCAUUUGAGUACAAGCCAGAAGCCAAAUACCAUGUUUCAUUUAUAACUAGGGUUUUGCAUUUCACCAUGGGUGGUGUAAAGAUCAAUGACAAGUCGCAGGUUCUCACUGAAAAUGAUACACCAUUUGAAGGUUUGUAUGCUGCUGGUGAAGUUGCCGGUGGUGUUCAUGGACACAACAGAUUAGGUGGUUCGUCCUUGUUGGCAUGUGUUGUUUACGGAAGGUUGGCUGCUGAUGAAGCUUGUAGCUAUGAGUUGCAAAAAUUGAGUAAGACUGGUGGCGCAGGUAGUGAAUUACCUGGACACAAUGCUACCCAGAGAUUGAACAUGAUUAACUUGCACAUUGACCCAAAUACUAACAGAUUGAUCAUUGACUUGAACAACCACCAAGGCACGACGACGUCGACGUUGACGUCGUCAUCAUCAGUUGGACUGUCCAGCAGCAAUAAAAACGGAGCUCAUAAGCAGUCUGAGCUGGGGCAAAAUGCAGCCAAGUCAGCCAAGCAACAGCCAAAAGAAGCCAGACUGUUUUCCAUUCCCGACAAAGAAUUCACUCCUGAAGAGGUUGCCAAACACAACACAAAGAAGGAUUGCUGGUGUAUCAUAAAAAAUGUUGUUGUUGACUUGACUCUGUUUUUAGACCAGCACCCAGGAGGUGCUGCUUCAAUUACAAACUUUGGUGGUAGAGAUGCAACUGAAAGUUUUGAAAUGUUGCACGAGGAUAAUUUUAUUCCUAAAUAUGUGCCAAAUUGCGUAUUGGGCAGGAUUAAGGGCACUAAACCCGAAUUAGAUUUAUGA